GCAGUAUUUCAGUUGGUCUCGCAACUGACUCGAGCUACCUACCUCCCCCUUCUUUCCUCUUCCUCCUCGCUAGUCGCCACUACUACCCCCAAACUUCUAAUCCGCGCCGCCGCUGCAGACAUGUCGGGCAGCGGCGGCGGCGGGCGGCGGGGCUGGAGCCCGUUCGACGCGAUCCGGAGCUUCCCUUCGAAUCCCGAGUCCCUCAUGUCCCAGAUCGACGCCGCCAUCGCCUCCACGGAGUACGCCCGCGCCUGCGCCCUCCUCGACCCCGCCCCCGCCUCCACCUCCUCGCGGCCUCCGCGCGGCAAGGGAGGGAAGGAGGAGGAGGCGACGCCCGCCCCGCGGGCGCCUCCUACCCCUGCCGCCGCCUGCCACGACGCGCGGGUCGCGGACGAGGCGUACCGCGCGGCGUGCGCGGCGCUCGGGGCCGGGCGGCCGGACGCGGCCGUGCGGUCGCUGCGGGCGGCGCUGGCCAGCUGCCCGCCGGAGAACGCCGCGGCGGUCGCCAAGGUGAGGUCGAUGCUGGCCAUCGCGUCCGCGCAGCUGCACAGGCAGCAGCACCAGGCUCAGCAGCAGAGCGGCAGGAAAUGAGACGAUAGGUAGUGGUUCUAGCCUGUUCGUCUCAGCAGGAUUGGUUUCUCCCUGAAUUCGAUCCCUGUUGUAUGUCACACAUGUAACUGGUUUCCUCAAAUUCGAUCCUUGUUGUCACUAACUGGGAGAAGUAAUUAUUGGCGCUAUAGUAAACCAUAGCCGCGUGAGAGUUAUAGUGAAGGGAAAAUAAAUGAUCAGACGCUUUUGUAAGUCUAUUGCCUUAAUGGCUGUCUUCGGAGGCAGGAAUUUGAUAA